GCCUCGGCCAUAUUUACGUGCUGUCGCCGAGGAUGCCUUGUUCUUCGGCUAUUUCGCCCUUUUUAAAGCUCCUUUGAUGCCUGGAGACGAAACCCUGACGCCGAGCAGUGGAUGAUGUGACAGGAAACGCGGCAACCUUUCUCAAUAGAUAUCGGGAGGCUGUGCUGGAUGUGGAGAUACUUCGAAUGCGUGCUGAUGACUUCAUUAAUAUCAAAGUCAUUGGCAGAGGGGCAUUUGGAGAAGUACAACUAGUUAGGCAUAAAUUUACAAAGCAGAUCUAUGCAAUGAAAUUACUGAGUAAGAUUGAGAUGAUCAAAAGGUCUGAUUCUGCCUUUUUCUGGGAAGAACGAGACAUUAUGGCUCAUGCAAACUCAGAAUGGAUUGUUCAGCUGCAUUUUGCCUUCCAAGAUUCAAAAUUUCUUUACAUGGUCAUGGACUAUAUGCCAGGUGGUGACUUAGUGAACCUGAUGUCCAACUAUGAUGUACCAGAGAAAUGGGCGAAGUUCUAUUGCGCAGAAGUGGUCCUGGCACUGGAUGCAAUCCAUUCCAUGGGAUUUGUUCACAGAGAUGUAAAGCCAGAUAACAUGCUCUUGGAUGGUAGUGGUCACCUCAAACUGGCAGACUUUGGUACUUGUAUGAAGAUGGAUAAGGACGGACUUGUAAGAUCAGACACAGCUGUGGGAACGCCAGACUAUAUCUCUCCCGAAGUCCUCAAGUCACAGGGUGGUGAAGGGGUCUACGGGAGAGAGUGUGAUUGGUGGUCUGUUGGUGUCUUCCUCUAUGAAAUGCUAGUGGGUGACACACCCUUCUAUGCAGAUUCAUUGGUUGGCACCUACGGCAAAAUCAUGGAUCAUAAAAACUCACUUAAGUUUCCUGAUGAUAUUGAAAUUUCCAUAGAUGCCAAGACCUUGAUCUGUGGUUUCUUGUCAGAUAGAUUAACAAGAUUAGGUAGAAAUGGUAUUGAAGAAAUAAAAUGUCUUCGCUUCUUUGUCAAUGAUCAAUGGACAUUUGACACAAUUAGAGAAUGUGUACCUCCUGUUGUGCCUGACCUCGCGAGCGAUGAUGACACAAGUAAUUUUGAUGAAGUGGAGAAUGAGGACACCCCUGAAGAAAGCUUUGGAACCCCUAAGGCCUUUGUCGGGAACCAUCUUCCAUUUGUGGGGUUCACUUACUCCAGGGAUUACCAACUACUCACUUCUACAGACAAGACGGAUGGCAAAAGAAAUUUGGCAAGUGAUGGUAUGGAUAGCAGUAAUGAGAUUGCUGUGCUGACAGCUGAAUUGGAACACCAGAGAAAUCAGGUAGAAGAACUAGACUCCAAGUACAGAGUGACCCUAAACCAGCUGGAUUCACUCAUACAAAAGGAGCAGGAGAGACUACAGGAGAAGAGAGAUCUAGAGCGCAAGUUGGCUUUAUUACAACAUGACCUCAAAGAAGCCCAGAGAAAGGGGGAGUAUGAGGGUGAGAGUAGACGGAAGCUUGAUGCCCUAUAUCAGGAGGUUAAGAAAAAGCUCGAAGAUGAACAAAACAAACGCACUAGGGACCUGAACUCUGCGCAACAUGUCAGUGAUAAGCUGAACUCUCUUGAAAAGCAGAUAAAAGAAGUUCAGGACAAACUGAAGGUUGAGACAGAUAACAACACAAGAUUGCGUAAACAAAAUGCAGAGCUAACCGUCAUGAACCAGCAGAAGGAAACGUCCAUUUCUGAUCUCUCGGAUAAGAUAUCCAGUGUCCAGUCCAUCCGUGAUGUGUUAGAGCGUGAUAUAGCAAACCUAGGAGCACAGUUAGAGCAGGAGCGUGGGCAGAGGAACCACCAGGCAGAGCUGAUCUCACAAGCUGAUGGCAAAAUUCAAAGUCUACAAGCAAAGCUUGAAAAUGCAUCUGAACGUGAGCAGGUUGCUCGCAAGGAAGCAGAAAAGGUUUCUGAACGUCUUGUACAGUUAGAGAAAGAUAGAACAUCUCUGGAGUUGGAGUUAAGAGGAAUGACAAGCAGAUAUGAGCAAGAAGCUCGGGCUUUGCGUGAAGCUAAUGCUGCCCCCACACACAACCACCAGUCUAGUGCUCAGGCUCUAGCAGCUUUGCAGGAACGGCUCAAUUUGGAGAAGCAGAAACGCCAGCAAGCAGAGGCAUCUAGUCAGGAGAAGGAACGUCAAAACUCUAUGUUGAGUGUUGACUACCGGCAGCUCCAGCAACAGCUACACAAGCUUGAAGGGGAGCACAGGAAGGAGUGCGAGAAGGUCAAAGCUCUUCAGAAUCAAAUGGAGACAGAAAGUGAAAAGAGAACAGCUAUUGUUACCGACCUCCAAACUCAGUCAUCAGAGGUAUCCAUGUUGCGCACAAGAGAAAAACAGUUGGUGCGUGACCUUGAAGAGAUGAAGGAAGCGCGGUCUAGUCUAGAAGAGGAGCUGCACAAACUCAAAACCCAAAAAUCAGUUGACGAUGUGCAGAUGAGAGAACUGCAAGACACCCUUGAGGCUGAGCAAUACUUCUCAACAUUGUACAAGACUCAGGUACGCGAGUUGCGUGAGGAGCUGGAAGAGAAGGGCCGGCAAAUCCUCGAACUGGAAGAAGAACGUACAAGUCUAACACAGCAGUUACAACUUACAGUAGCCAGAGCAGAUUCCGAGGCUUUGGCACGUUCCAUUGCUGAGGAGACUGUUGCAGAUCUUGAAAAGGAAAAAACUGUUAAGGAGCUAGAGAUUAAUGACCUCAUAUCCAGACAUACUGUUGAUAUGAAUAACAAAGAGACUGCCUUCAAUGCUGUCAAGGAGAGAGAGGAGGAGCUUACGAAGUCUGUGGAAGCACUUAAGAAGGAGAAGGAAGCCCUUAAUUCUCAGAUCCAAAGCCUUGAGGAAGCAAAGAAAUCUGCAGAUAAUGAUCGUAAAAAUGAACAAGACAAACUUAGUAAACAGUUGAAGCAGGAACAGCUCCUCAAGAUGCAAGCAGUCAAUAAGUUAGCAGAAAUAAUGGCUCGUAAGGAGAACCUUCCAGCGAAUCGUAAACCCAAGGCGGCUGCCAUUGACCUCAGAAAGAAAGAGAAAGAAUGCCGUAAAUUGCAGCAGGAACUCACCAUGGAAAGAGACAAAUUCUCCCAGAUGGUUUCCAAACACCAAAAGGAAAUACAAGACCUCCAGGCACUGCUUUCUGAGGAGAGUCAGGCAAAAAUGCGUCUACAGAUGGAAGCAGAUGCCAAGGACUCGGAGAUAGAAUCCCUGACAUGCAAGCUGGCCAAUGUCAAUAGUGAGACAGCAUCACUUAGUAGUGGUGCAGAUAAUGAUCUAGAUGAGAUGGACAACCGGCUGGAGGGCUGGCUCUCAGUGCCUAACAAACAGAAUAUCAAACGUCAUGGAUGGCGGAGACAGUACGUGGUCGUCUCAUCCAGAAAGAUCAUCUUCUAUAAUUCAGAGAAUGAUAAGCAAAACUCAGAUCCUAUAUUAAUCCUAGACCUUACGAAACUCUUCCACGUUCGUUCGGUUACACAAGGGGAUGUUAUUCGAGCAGAUGCAAGAGAUAUUCCCAGAAUAUUUCAGCUUCUGUAUGCUGGAGAGGGAGAGAGCCGUAAGCCUGGGGAGAACCCAGGUCCGUUGGCUCCCUAUGACAGUGCAGGCCCUGAUAAAGCAGGGACUCUAGUCCACAAGGGUCACGAGUUCCUGGCCAUUAGCUUCCACAUGCCUACAAAUUGUGAGGUGUGUCAGCGGCAUUUAUGGCACAUGUUCAAGCCGCCUCCAGCACUGGAGUGCAGACGGUGUAGAAUGAAAAUUCACAGGGAUCACCUAGAACGGAAGGAGGAAUUAGUUGCACCAUGUAAAGUCAACUACGAUUUAAAUACUGCCAAGGAAAUGUUACUUUUGGCACCCACGGUAGAUGAGCAACAGAACUGGGUGUUGCGGUUGUCCAAAAAGAUUCAAAAGUCUGGGUACAAGGCUAACAAUGCUGGAGGUCCCGACGGUGCCAAAGUCUCCCCAAGAGAGUCCACCAGAUCAGCCUACCGUCCCUUCGUUGUACAGAAAUCUGCAACUCUGCCCCCCAACUCCAAUUUAAGCAGAAAAUAGUAAAUACUAGUUGCCAGUGUGUUUUGAUUUAGACAUGCAAGCCUAAUAUGGUUUGGUUGAGAUUGCUUAACUAGUGAUAAUUUUCAAAAUCAAAGUGAUAAAUAUGCAAUGUUUUCACUUAGAAAUUGACUUGAUGGAAAAAGUGACGCAAUCCCUCCAUGCACAUGAAAAAGGAAUGUGAUUGAACAAAGCAGUGAACAGUGAAUUGACAGUAGUCACUUAUAACACUAUUGAAUGGACUUGCAGUGUAGAGUGAUUACUCUUGGUUUGAGCAUAAUGUAGGCAAGUGCCUUAACUGCCCUAGUUAGUUGCAAUUACGGACUUUGUAUAAUCCCAAAAAUACUUUCAUUCAGGUGUAAGACCCAGUAGUGUGACAUGAGGAUAACAAUAAUUAUGAUAUUUUGCUGAAUCACUGAUGAAGUGGAAAGCUAAAAGAAUUUUUGGUACAAGAAAGCCUUAUUUUGUAUAUGUUUCUAAUAUUAUCUGUAACAAUUUUAUACGUAGGUAAGCUGUCCUCCACUCUUGUCCAUGCGUUUAGACUGUUGAAGAUAAGUGUUUCAGAAGCCAAACUUAAUAGUCAGAAAGAAAAGGACUUACUUGAAAUUUCUAGACCUCAUUUAAAUAUAAUUGUAAAUGAUAUUAUAUAUUUAUUAUUAUUUCCUUUUGAAUGGAAUUAUAGAGCAACUCUUCCUGUCAGGAGAGGUCUGGUACCUCAUAUCCACCAGCAGCAUUAAACUAUAAAGAUACUAUUGCAGAUUGGAUAAAGAAAAUUCUGGUAUGUGUGUGAUGCAGUGUCCUUAUCAUAUGAUAGGUUUUAUACUAAAAUCUUGUAAAUAUUGACCUGCUUGAGAAGGUAUUCAUUGCUUUAAGUAAAAUGCAACUUAAAAUCUCUAUUCAGUAAAGUAAGUUAAUUCUGUAUAAGAAAAUUACUAAAUACCACCAGUACGUUGAAAGAAUUGUUUGAGAUGUUACGAAGUCUUCCCCCCCCCCCCCUUUUGUGCAUUACGUAAUUUUUGAUCCCUCAUCUAAAGGAGCCAUUUGCCAUUUGACUUUUAAGAAUGAGUGUGAAUGGUUUCAGAACUGCCAUAUUUUCUUUUUAUUAUUAUUAUCUCUUGAUCCCUAUCCCUUCCCCCCCCCCCCAUCCCCAUUUUUGUUAUGUUAUGAUACUAUUUUUUUUAGUAAGAAAAUAUUAUUCGUACUCAAAGGUUUUAUAGAUGAAUAUAGAUUUUUGACACGUGAAGAGUUUCAGACCUAUGAGGGUUUGAGCCAGAAGUCCGAUAACAGUUGUGAUCUUCCCCAUAUGCCAUCAGGUGUGUGAGCUUAUUAGGAUAGGCCUGUGGAGACAGGUUCCUGAGGGGUAACAGAUGACCGAGUUCAUUAUUUUCCCCCUUUCAUUCCACUACUUGUGUGAUACUUGUCUUUCUCCUCCCCCCCUUCUUUUUUUUCCCACUUUGUGAUGUUGAUUUUGACUGACUGACUCCAAACCAGAAAGCUUUGGCUAAGUUAAAGUUUUGGAAGAGUUGAAAUUUGCUUUAUUUAUCAAAUCUGUUGUCAAUCAUGAAUCCUUACCUAGAGUGAAUACAUUUUAGAAAAUUUCAUUAUAGAUUUUGUAUUAUUCUGAAAGUGCUUAGGAAUGCUGCAAGAUGUUGACUUCUAUUACUACACAAGUUGGAUAGCUUGCUCAUUUGUUCAUUUUACCUAAAAUAUUUUCAGGCUUUCAAUACUGUUCAAGUUUAGAUUAAAUUAAGACCAGAAUUUAGAUAGAAUCAUUUUAUAAAUAUUGUUCUUUCAUAUCAUCAUCUAUAUAAAUAGGAACUCAUUGUGAGUCUGCGCAUACCUUCAAAUUGAAGUCAGUAAAACAGCAAAAAUAGCUUUUGCGAGGCCAUAAGAUUUGUCUGUUCUGAGACAUAAGCUUUAGAUUAUUGUAAAUAUUUUAUUAGGAAAAGAUGGUCCACCACAUUUAAACCGUCUCCUAUCAUCCUUGCUUCCUUUCCCUCUUCUCCCUUCCUGUCUCUCUCAUGGGUCCUGUUUGCUCAUGUAUCUAUAUUUGUUUCCUAAUUCUCCUUACUUUCUCACAGGGUUCAUGCACUCUCAAUUUUUCACCGGACAGAGAAGCAGUGCUUUACGUGUAUCUUACAGAGAGAUCUUAAGAAAUGUCCCACUUUGUAUGUGAAAGAAUGUGUCAGGAAGAGUUUUUUAUUCUUAAUUUUUCAUGUUGAAUGGAGUAAUAGUACAGUACUUGAACCUCAUUGUUUUAAGCUGUAGUGAUAGUACAGUGUAUUGUUGACAUUAGAAUGGUCUAGAAGUGUUGUUCGUCCUUUUUUGAUGGUAAUGAAACUUCAUCUUCAUAUUGAAGAGAGAGUAAUUUCAUUGAUAAGUGCUGAACUAUGAAAUAUGAAAUAUUAUAAUACUUAGAUUUUAUCCAAAGUAUGAUAUAAAGCUUGUAAAAAUUCCUUAAGUGGAAAAGAAAAACUUUCACUUGAUUAUGUCACUUAUUCUUCCUCAUUUUUCUUUUAUAUAUACACACUAUUUUAUUGGAGUUAGUAAUGUGACUGGAAAGCAGUUCAGCUCUUGCAUAUUUGUUGCGCGUAUUGUCUCUCAAGAAGUGGCUUUGUUCCUGAAGUACACGUUCGAAGAUAUCAACACAAAAAAGUAUUUUAACUUACACGUCUAAGUACUAUAAGAUAUCCUUGUUUAUAGAGAAAGUAUUGUAUUGUAUUUUUGUACAAUUUGAUUAGCUGAAUAAUAAAUGUACCAUUUUGCCAAAUGUUGAUUCUGGGAAAUCAAAGAUUUUUUAGUAAAUUAAGUAAAAUUUAUGAUUGUGGUUAUAAUACAGCCUGUGUUGACGCUUGCAUAUAUGCCUUGCACAAUUGGAUAUGUCAGAGCUCCCAAAUUUUUCAUUCAGGCAGUGAUUGUGCCAUUAAUGAAAAUUCUUAUUUAAUUUUCUGUAAUAGAUGACUCACUUCUCAUUGGUCAUUUUGUGAUGUAAAUUUAGUUUAGUCCAAGUGACCUGUGUCUUCUGGAUUCAUACAUUGCCUCAAGUUAAAGUCAUUAUCAUUUAUAUGUGAUCUGAAGAAUGGUAGGAGUGGAAGUAUAAUUUAUCUUGUGCUUUGAUACACUAGCCUGACCUCUUGUCCCUAGGGAACCAGUCUCUUUUAUGUAUUAUGCACUGAGAUGAUCUUGGAAAGUAGUGCAUUUGCAGCCUCCCUAGUGAGCUGUUAGUGUAGACCUGUUGAUGCAGUUCAGCCAAAUUGUUUGUAUCUCUCUCUCUCUCUCUCUCUCUCUCUCUCUGUCUCUCUAUUGAUCCAUCUAUCUAUCUAUCUCUCCCUCACAAACUGCCAGCCAGCCAUUUUUAUAGGCAGAGCAUCAGGGAUUUCAAUGAGGCUGUUUUCCAAUGUUGUGGUAAGGAAAACCAGGUGCAUUACCAUCCCUGAACAAGAUUUUCCCACUGUGUAACAUAUGUGAAAGUCUCCUCCUUCAUCACCAAGCUUUGUACAUUGCUGGAUUAUCUGUUGUAAUUUUCAGUCAUAUAUCAGUGGUAACACUCAGUGACUAGCAUUUAAGGGAGGUGUCCCAGUCUCUGCUUGCUGCCUUCCCAUUCAUGAGGUGGUUGCUUAACUUCUACAUCCACUGGGAACACCAGUCUCCUGUCAUUGGAGUGUCUGUCUUUUACCUUUUUUAAAUAAUUAGUCUUAUUUUUCCUUUCUCCAAAGAGAUAUGGCUGAGUGUGUUGUUUUCCGUGGUUUGUGCUGAAGAAAUCUUUUAAGAAAUUGAUCAAGACUUUAGUUCCUAUCAUUCCUUCCAAUUAAUGUGUCUCCUGGCAGCAGGCGAGACAACCCUAGUGCCUGAGGAUUCAAGUGUGAUUGUAUUGCUUCCUAACGUUUCACAGCUCGGCAGAAAUAUUACUUAAAGUGUAUAGGGCAAAUGUUGGCAAUAGAUGAUUGUAAUGCAAACCUUUGAAUGUCGAGUGGGUUUGGCUUACUUACAUGCCAGUACAUUGUUUUUAUUAUCCUGCCUCAUAACUCAAAUACUUGAUCCGAGUUUUGAGAUUAAAUGCAACUUGUAAGUAGACUCUAAAACAUACAAAUAUAUAUAUUGUGUGUAUAUAUACAGUAUAUAUAUAUUUAUACACCAAUAAGCAUCCCAUAAUUUUUAAUAUAUUUUACUUUGACCAGUGAGUGUCAGUCCAUAAUUAUGUCAUUGCUGUAGAGCUGUGAAGUCCAUAGAUGUACAUAGCUGUCCUGGCACCCCCAUGAGCCAGAUGAGGCACUAACGGCUUCAGUCACGGCGAAGGUUGUGUGUGCUGGUGUGUGUCACUGUGGUAUUUGGUUAUCAGUACCCCAGCAUUAGGGUAGGUGAUCCUUGUGGGCAGCUGGCCAUUUCAAUCAGGCUUUACAAAGCAGAGAAUUGUAUGCACGAAUGUUUUUUGGCUAAUUAAGCCAUUACCAGAUUUUUUUUGUCAUACAAACUGAAAGACUUUUCUUGUGUUUUAUAUUUUUUUACAAUUUCUGUUUCAUAUUUUGUAAUGCUUGUAUAGAUAUUCUCCUUUUAAUGUGGGCAAGGGCUUUCAGAGAAUUUUGUAUAUAGUUUGGACUGAUUUGUCAUAUUUUAGAGAUUUUGAGAAAUUAAAAUGGGGAAAAAUAAUUUUUUAAAUGAAAAAACUUCAAAUAUAAUACUGAUAUUAAUGUACUCAAAGAAAAUUCUCUAAUGAGCUCUUAUUCAUGUUUUGAAAAUUUCAUAUGGCUAUAUACAUGGCUACCACAUCCUGCAUUUUAGUUAAAGGAGAGACUGUUUGGGUAUAGAAUUUAUACAAUUGAAUGCACAUGUAUGUUGAUCAGUAAGUCCACAUUGAUGUAGCCAGUUGUCCACAAGAGAUGAUUUAGCCAGGUUGUGUCCAUCGUUAUCAUGCAGGCCUACAGCAGCAACAGCAGUAGUCUGGCCAUUCAUGAUGGAGUCAGGAUGGCUUUCUAGGUAAGUCUUAGGACUUUUAAUUCCAAAUCAGAUUGAAUUUAUAUACCGAAGGUAAUAUGUACAAUCAGUCACUGUAUUAGAUUGUUCCUUAUCAACGAAUAUAAUCUACCAUAAUGUUAAUAAAAGACAUGAACUGAAA